GUCUUGAUAUCAGGUGUAUAUCUAGAAUAGUAUUUUUCUAAAGAUUAGGACCACUUGUUACACUAUUAAUAUUAUUCCAAUAAUAGGGGUCACGACACGUCAUUUGAGAUUAACAUUAUAAACUAUAAUAGAAUAUAUUACUAUUUAUUCUCGAUAUCAUCUAAAUUAGAAUUUAAGGCAAUAUAUCAAAAGUGAAUGCAAGAAGAGAAAUUGGAUGUAAUACUGAAUUUAUUGAUUCAUCUACGUUAUUAAAUCUUCAUUAAUUAUUGGAUAAUGCUUUUAAUUCACUAAUUUACUCGUUCUUUAGCAACUUCUAACAUCACGUGUAAAGCGAAAUGAGUUACGGUGCAUACGAUGAAAGUAAUCCAUAUUACAAUGAUAAUAAUGGCAGUGGUGGAUUCUUAACUAAUUCACAGGGUGGUGGUUAUACUGAUAGCAGUCCAUCUACGCGUAAUAAGAACGAAGACACACUUAGACCAGUAACGAUAAAGCAGGUUUUGGGUGCCUCACAACCACAUUCAGAUUUUCCUUUUCAGAUUGAAGGUCGUGAUAUAACGCAUGUCUCGAUCGUUGCAGUAGUUAGAUCUGCUAGUAAGCAAGCUACAUCAGCAGUUUAUUCACUUGAAGAUGGUACUGGUACACUUGAUGUGAGAUAUUGGAUGGAUAGCUCAGGAGGUGAAAGUGAAUCAACCACUGAUAUACAACAAAACCAGUAUGUGCGGGUUAUAGGAGCAUUGAAAUCAUUUCAUGAUAAACUUCAAAUUACUGCACAGGUUGUUAAACCAAUCACUGACUUUCACGAAAUAUUUUAUCACAAAGCUGAAGCAUUAGCAGUCACUUUACAGAUUCGUAAAGGUACAGAUACAAUUAUGAACGAAUCAAAACCAUCAGCAACCUACGGUCAAGAAAGCACCUCAGAACCAAAUUAUAUGAGGCCAUACCUAACAUUCCCAGAACUUCACAAAUCUGUUAUGAAAGCUGUGUUUGAAGAAGUUGAUAGAAGUCCACAAGGUGUUCAUGUUGCUCGCAUUGCUCAGCGUUGUCCAAAAGGUGAUGAGGCUUUGACUGAAGCUAUCGAGUAUCUCAUUAGUGAGGGUCACUUAUUUACUGGCGAGGACGAUGAACACAUUUUACCUGUUUCACAAGAUUCCUAAAUGAAAUUUAAUCGAUGUAUAUGUACAGAUAUAAAUUAUGCGAUAUUCU